AUAAAAACGGUCGUGUUUCUUUGAGCAACGUGUUAUCAUCAUUCACUGGGUCCCUUUCCCUUCCCAACAUCAUCUUCAUCAUCAUGCUUCAUGCAUAUAAAACCAUACAACUCUCUUCUACUCUCACACACACUCACUCUCAUUCUUUCAUAUCCUUCUAACCAUGCAUCGUCUACUCAUUCUCUCCAUCUUCUCACUCACAGCACUACUUGCACUUACAGAAGGUAACUACAUUGGUGUUAACUAUGGUCGCAUAGCCAACAACCUCCCCUCAGCCUUCAAAGUCGUCAAACUCCUCAAAUCACAAGGAAUCAACCGCGUCAAACUCUUCGACACCGACCGUGCCGUUCUCCGAGCACUAUCCGGCUCCGGAAUCAAAGUAACCGUCAACCUCCCCAACGAACAGCUCUUCUAUACAGCCAAGAGACUCUCCUACGCAAUCUCAUGGCUCAACAGAAACGUCGUCGCUUACCAACCCCACACACUCAUCGAAGCCAUCGCAGUUGGCAAUGAAGUCUUCGUCGACCCACAUAACACCACCAAAUACCUUAUCCCCGCCAUGAGAAACAUUCACAAAGCUCUUAUCAAGAACAACCUCCAUAACACCAUCAAAGUUUCUUCCCCAAUCGCACUCUCUGCUCUCGGAUCCUCAUAUCCAUCUUCAACCGGUUCAUUUAAACCGGAACUAAUCGAACCGGUUAUUAAACCCAUGCUUGAUUUCAUCCGCGAAACGUCGUCGUAUUUAAUGGUAAACGUGUAUCCGUUUUUCGCUUACGAGUCAAACGCUGACGUCAUUUCUCUAGACUACGCUCUGUUUCGUGAGAACCCGGGUAACAUGGAUCCGGGUAACGGGUUAAAGUAUUUUAACAUCUUUGAUGCUCAAAUCGACGCCGUUUUUGCGGCGCUUUCGGGUCUUAAAUACGACGACGUUAGGAUCGUUGUGAGUGAGACAGGGUGGCCUUCGAAAGGAGAUAGUGAUGAGGUGGGUGCGUCCCCAGAGAACGCUGCUGCGUACAACGGUAACCUUGUUAAAAAGAUUCUCACUAACGGUGGGACCCCCUUGAGACCCAAUGCAAAUCUGACCGUUUAUUUGUUUGCACUUUUUAAUGAGAAUGGAAAGGUGGGGCCUACCUCGGAGAGAAAUUUUGGAAUGUUUUACCCUAAUAUGGAGAAGGUUUAUGAUGUUCCGUUUACGGUGGAGGGAUAAAAGGGAUGGAAGAGAAACUAGUUGACCUGAGAUAUUAAUUCAUAGUUUAUGUGAUCACUUGGAAAUUUGUUUCAAUGGAUUCUGGAUUGGAUUGUAUCAUUUGUAAUCUUGGGUGUUACUUUGAAUUUGUUUGUAUCAAUUAAAUUUAUUUGUAACUAAAAUUUGCUUUGGAGAUACAUUUUGAUUUUGUAAUUCAUAUUAGAAUGUUACUAGUCGCCUUAUUAUGUGUAACAGUAAUAAAAUAGAGUGGUUGACUAUGGAAAUAU